UCCCAUUGGACAGGCGCUCCCGGGGCAGCACCCGCCGCGCCGCCAUUGGCCGGCAGAGGAGGGACGCAAGAAAGAGGCAGAAGAUGGCGGCGGGCGGCGGCGCGGCGCGGCGGUGUUGGCAGAGCGGCGCGGGGCUGGCCCGGGCGGUGCGUGGCGUCUGCGGGAGCGCGCGGGCGACGGCGGCUCUGCGGGCGGAGGAGCUGGCGGAGCGGCUGCGGAGGAGCGAGGGGCAACAGCGAGAGAUCCCCAAGGACCCAACGCAGCGAUGGCUCCGGGAGCUCGCUGCAUUGAGCCAGCAGCUGCAGCAGGUUCACCCUAACGUCCUGGCCAAGAUCCUCAAGCRGAGAACUGUCUACCAGAACGAAGAGAUUGUGGUGAUAGACAAACCCUACGGGCUCCCUGUGCACGGUGGCCCYGGCAUCAAGAACUGCAUCGCUGACGUGCUGCCCAUUUUGGCCAAGAUGCUGGAGAACAUGAAAGCUGAUCCCCUCCACCUCUGCCACCGCUUGGACAAGGAGACCACAGGUGUGAUGGUGCUGGCACGGAGCAAGGAGGCAGCAGAGAAGAUCCGUCUGCUCUUCAAAACCCGUCAGGUGGAGAAGUUCUACUGGGCAAUUGCCCUGGGGGACCCGGACCCUGUUGAGGGCGUUGUGGAGAUCCCCAUCGUGGAAAAGGAGGUGCAGAGCCACCAGUCCCACUACAAGAUGACGCUGGCUCCCAACUACCGCCUGUGUCCGGAGGAUGGGAAGGUGAUGAGAAUCCGCAAGAACCGGCACGCUGAGAGCGCGGUGACUCGGUACCGCCGGCUGGCCAGCGCCUCUGCCUGCUCGCUGCUGGAGCUGCAGCCCAUCACGGGGGUGAAGCACCAGAUCCGGGUUCACCUGGCCUAUGGCUUGGGGUGCCCCAUCCUGGGGGAUCACAAAUACUCUCACUGGAGCAAACUGGCACCCCAGAAGCUUCCUGAGCUCACCCUGAGGAGGCUGAAGCUGGAGCAGAGCAAGGCUCGGCACCUGCCCCUGCACCUGCACGCCCACCGACUCYGCCUGCCCCUGGGCCAGCCCUUGGACUUUGUCUGCAAGCCACCCCUCUUCUUCCAAAAAACCCUGAGGAAGCUAGAGCUGGACAUCCCUAAGGACUGACGAGGCAGGAGUGGAACGGUGCCUUCUAUCUCCACAUCUCCAGCACAUGGCAGCAGCUGUGCCCACCUGGGUGGUGGUGUGAAGCCUGCAGUCUGUGAGCUGAUGCUGAUGUUGCUGGAUUCAGAGUGGGUGCCAGUCUGUGCUUCUGGCCCAGRAAAGCAGCUGGACACACUGAAGAGCUUCUAAACAAACAAGACUGGGUGAAAGAUGGGCUUUGCCUGUUUUGAACUUGUCUCCAGGCAAUAAAAGCUCCAGUUCCCUCCAGGAAAGGGGUUGUGUGUCUCUGUGCUCUGGCCAGGUGGGACUCAGUCUCCCUGUGUGGGUUUUAGCAGACCUGGAUGCAGCCCCUCUCAGGGUUGUGGAGCUGUCACUUGUCUCUCCAGAGUUGUUUAGCUCAGAUUUGGAGAGUCCCCUCAUUGGAAAAUCCAUCGAAAGUGCAAUUUGGCASUGGCUCUGGGAUUUUUUUGCUGUGCUGAGAGACUGCACGGGGAGUUCCCUGGCUUGGCUGGGCUAGGCAGCUCUGGGAUAGCCCUGCUCAGUGCUGCCAGCAGCAUUGGUGGGAGUUUCUCAGAACUGUGCUGCAGGGAGAAAUCGUUCUGUCCCACUGCCCCUUCAGUUUCCCCAUCCCUUAUUUCUAGAACCCCUUAUUGGGAUCCCUUGCUCUUCAGAA